GGCAAAGUGAAAUCAAGCCGCGCGCUCGGACAAAAUAUAGUCCCCCAUUUUCAACUCAAAGUCUUAAAAAUAAAGCCGUGCGUAUCGGAUAUGUCGGAUAGGCUUUUGCCGUGUGGAUGUCGGAGUGGAUCUAUGUGACUGCUGAAAUCUUUAGCUCGCCUUUUGAGCACUUUUGUUUAUACUGGCGUAAAGUGGGUGAUGAGUCUUACGGCCAGUAAAGAAGCGAGAACUUGCUGUGCAGCCCGAGUAGUUCUUGCGAUUGUUAUUGUUGCUUUAAAAAAUAUUUUUAUUACGCCACAAAUAACGCGGAUCGCGUCGAAAGUGGGGGAAAAGUGCUUCUGAAGUCGGAAUAUGGAGCUACAAGGCCUUCAAGAAGCAUUGAAAGUAGAAGUCCAAUGUCAUCAGAAGCUCGCCGUCAGAAGUUGUCCUGUGGGGACAACCGCCAAACCCCUCGCCCUCAUCAAGCCGCCCAGCCAGAGCAUCGCCAUCUCUGUGGUGCCAGCAAAGACUCCCGUUUCCAUGGUGACGGCACACAUUAAUGGACAAAAGGCGUUGAGUUCUGAGACGCUCCAGACGUCCCCCAUCAACCUCCAAACACCCGCCGGACAGCACAUCAGCCGCUCACAGAUGUUGGGAGCCCUCACUGCGAUCCCGAUAAAGGUGCCUCACAUCAGCUCUCUACAGCGGCUGGCAGGACACUCACCCAGUGUGCUACCUCAGGUCAGGCCAAAGACUCUCAUUCCAGACAGCCUUCCCCACAGCCCAUGCCGAGAGCAGCAGUCCGGUCAAACACUGGCCGUGCCGCAGAGCAUGGCUGUGGUCAGCCCAAAGAGCCAAGGCGCAUCUUUGCCAACUGCCAACAGCACCUUCAGUCAUGAGAGACUGUACAUCGGGCAGGAAGAGAGUUCCUCUUUGCCCUCAUCUGCACCGAGCACGUCCACAGCCUCAGCAAGUCCAGGGGUGGCUUACGCCAUCAUCUCAGCAGCCUCGCCUGUAGCCCAUGGGGUGUCAGGAGUUACCGAGGCCAUUAAGGUGCAACCGCUGAUUUUCAGCCCUGACAGCAAGGUUAUAAUCAUUCAGCCCCAGAUUCCCAGCAACUCCAAGAGUUCUCCAGCCUCACAAACUAACAGUCCUGUGAAGAAACCAAGCCCUGUCCCCUCAACCCCAGCCAAAAAGGAGGAGGAUCCAGAGAAAAUUGCCUUCAUGGUCGCACUAGGCCUGGUCACCACAGAACACUUGGAAGAGAUCCAAAGUAAACGGCAGGAGAGAAAAAGGCGAAGCACGGCUAACCCUGCAUACAGCGGACUGUUUGAACCAGAGCGCAAACGACUUGCCUCCAAUUACCUGAACAGUGCGAUGUUCCUGUCGGCGAGAGACUCUGAGGAGCUCUGCUGGAAGGAGGAGCUGCAGCAUGAUGAUCACUGUGCAGUGUGUAAACAGGAAGGAGAUCUUCAUCCCUGCCACACUUGUACCCGCGCCUACCACCCCGACUGCCUGCAUCCACCUCUCAAAACUGCCACCAGGGGCAUAUGGAUGUGCCCCAAGUGCCAGAAGAAAGUUUUGAACAAAGAGAACUUGUCAUGGCCACAGAACUUCAUCCAGUCGUAUGUUACACAUAAAACAGUGAGAGAGGAGGAACGCAGGAAGCUAAUGAGGAGAAACACUGAGCUGAAACUUGAGUGUGAACAUCUGAGUGAAGAGGACAAGAGACUCUGUGAUUCUCUCUCGAAAUGCAUUGAGCUGAAGGGGCGUCUUUUGGGUCAGCAGCGGGAGACUCAGACGUCCCUUGAGCGUCUCAAGAGUCUGAUCCGACUCAUCCAGCGUGACCAGAUGAUCCAAGUAACUAUGACGGCCACCACCACCACCGGAGCAUCGCUGCUCUCGCUGCCGUGGAUCAAAGCCACGGGCAGCAGCACCAGCACCACGGCGCCCACAGCUGGCUCCUCCGCAGUACUGCACAAAACCACACUUCAGCCGCAAGGCAACAACUGACCCCGAGCCCACACAAACACGCAGAACAGCUCUCUACAAGACCACCGAACGUCUUUGUAAAGAGACACGGACGGUGAUAUCCAACCAACGUGCAUUUUCUUCUGGUAACGUCUUACCAUAAAAUAAUGGAAAAUUUUGAAAAAAAAAAAAAAAGUUAAAAAGAAAUUAUGAGCGUCACUCAAUUCAUAAGUAUUUUUUAAAGCCAACACACAGUGCUCACAAGAUUUUUUUUUUAUUCACUGUUUUUUAACGUGUUAUUUUUCUUGGCCUUAAUGUAUUUUAUGACUAGAUUACGAUGCUGUUGCAAAUAUAUGAAAUAAGUAUUCUACAUAGUUAGAAACAUUUCUUUUUAUGCUUUGCAUUUUUUUUUUACUGGGGUUUGGUGUGUGUGCGUAUCGGGGGGAAUAAUCGUUCGCGUUUAGUUAUUGAGAAGGUUAGUGUAGUUAUAGUUGAAGACAAGCGACAUAUGAAAUGGAGAGCACUGUACAUUGGUAUAUCGGAAUAAACGUUUGUUUUCAGUUUUUGAGGAACAAUGUUUGCCAUAAUAAUUCAGGUUAAAGCGAGACAGGGAAAUGUUUUCGUUUUGUUCAUUUUGUGUGUACCUGCGAGCAUACAAACAAAAAACAAACAAACAAACAACAACAUGUGAUAAUUUUUCAGUAUUAAUAGAGAGAAAAGAACAAAGUAUUUAAGAUAACAACAGAAUUUAGCCUUUUUAGUGAAGAAUUUAGUAUUUUCAUGCUGAUGCCUGUUAAUGAUUUCAAAUAAGUAUUGGAGAGAGGGAUCUUUGUACAUAUAUGAUUUUUAUUUUAUUUCGGCUGUCCCAACAACACAAACGAAAAGGCCAUUUGAGUUCUUUGAGUGCCUGAUCCCGGAAUCCAAAAACUUAUGUUUUGUCUCCCCACUAUAUAAAAUAUGCCAAAAACCCUUGAGUGUUUUUGUACCGUUAACUGUUUAAUGUUUUCAUCUCAUCUUGCUCUCUUGUCUAAAGUGUUUAAAUGUUUUCAUUUUCUUAUUUCACAUCACUCCAGGAUUAUCACAAGUUGCAUUAUUAUUAUUCUUUUUUAUUCAUAUUUUUAAAAGUUAGAAGUGAACACUGCCUGAUGAAUAAAAGUAAAGAAUUCAUAUCUAAAAAAGUCGAUGGAGAAAAAUAGGAAAUGAUUUGAAUGCUACUUCAAGUUUGGAAAGUUUAGCAUGUUCAUUUGAAUGGUUUGUCUUCCUCUGUGGUUCGAAAAACAAACGCCGCAUCCCUGAUGAAAGAAAUAAGUCGCACACGGUUAACGACAGCACUAUCGUUCUCUACAAAGGAUAUUUCAUUAAAAAAACAAACAUUAGUCUUAGUUUUGAUUUAGUGUUAAAUAAGAAAUCCCAUCAUUGAUAUAUAUGUAUACCUUUAAGGGCUAACAGACUUGUAUUUAACCACAUUUGGAGUAAAAUUAGAUUUUUCUUUCUUCCGUUUAAAAGGAAUAUCUACUGAAUUCAUAUGCAGCUUAAUUCGGAUGUUACAUUUGGUAGCAUCUGUAAAUAGCUUUUUUGUGUAACAUUUUCUAUGAAGUCUGUAUAUGUAAUGUAAUAUUAUGUGGUAACAUUUCAGUCAGGAUCUAUAUGUUAACAUAUGCUAUUGCAUUGCAUUAACUUUAAAAAGCUUGCAAUUAACAGUAUUAUUACAGCAUUUAUUAAUCUUUGUUAUUUAUUUCAUUUAUAAAUAUAUAAUUGUUCAUUGUUAGUUCCUAAUGUUAAACUCUAUCUGGAAUUAAACUAAUUUAUAGACACUAUAAAUUAUAUUACAGAUUAGAAAUUCAAAACAAACCAAUAUUGAUAAAUGUUGUAAAAAAGGUGUUAUUGUCAAAUUAUUUUAUAAUAAAUAAAUAAAUAUGACCACAGUUAUAAUAUUCUAAUAUUUAUUAAUGGUCAGUACAACACAUUAAAAUGAGAUCAAGACCGUUGCUAUUUUGUGUUAGGUAUUUAAAAGGUAUAACCCUAAGUAUGUAUAGUAAAUAUUACAAUACAUGAAGCAUUAUUUAUACAGACGUCAUAAAAAGUGUUUGUUUGUUUUUUUACUUUGAGGUCCUGUAUUAUCAUAUUCAGAAUGUAACUUAAUGCAUAUCAUCUAUUGUUUCAUAACAGUCGCUCCUGCUAAGUAAUGCAUUGAGAUCAGUAAAAACAAUUCUUGGCAAGCAUCUUUCGUGUUUUCCAUUAAACAAAAACAAAAAGUAAACAUCCCUAAUUUACUUAAUACUUGUUUUCAGAAAAUAAUUUCUUGAAAUAAUUGUUUUUUUUUUAUUUUAUUUUAUUUUUUUAAGUAAAUUAGUCUUGCUCUACAGAUGUUUACAUGUUUUUUUAUUGGUAAACAAGACAAUGCUGAUUGAGAAAAUGACAGCAUAUGGCAGGGCAGUGGGAUGUGACGUUAAUAUCAGCCCUUUCCAUGAAUACUAUAGGUUUAUUUAUUUUAAUAGUUUUUAAUUUUUUUUGUAUUUAAUAAAAAAAAAAAAAAAAAAAAAAAUUUAAUUAAAGUAUAUCUGUGCUCUGUUCUUCAUAUCACUUCCAUCUACAUUGCGGCACGUCCCUGAUUUCUGUUCACCCGUUGUCGCCCAUGUUCCAGAUAUCCUCUCCGGGAGAAACUGUGCAGUGCUUAUACAGAUCUAUUUUACUACACUCAACACUACGUUGAACAAAAAUCAAAUUAUAUUCUUUUAUCAAUGAACAAAUGAGGGAAGACAAAAAAAUGACAAUUUUUUUAUUGUUUGCUAAUUAUGCAUUUUGACUUAGCUUGCAAUACGUGAUGUGUCCUUUUGCAAUGGAGAAGGAAGCAAAGCGAAGUGGAUAAGACAACACAGAGGUGUUUAGCUAGAUGUCUUUGGACUGUGUUUUUCUUUGUCAUUCUGAAGGGGACUGUCCAGUGGAUAGUACAUAUAGAAGAGUGUUUGUCUUACAUAUGCCAAUGUAGUUUUUACAUCAUCUUAUGAUCUAUUAAAGUUGAUUGGAAGUUCAUCAA